AUGUCCCGAUUUUAUGACCAGUUCGAGGAAGGUCAGACCUGUAUCCGAAUGGAAUACACCCUUAAACCAGAUGGACACAUAGGAUUACAGAACGUUGGCGAUCUACCAGACAAUACAACUGUGGUAGCUGAGGGAGACGGUUACGUUCCCGAUCCGACAACUCCUGCCAGGUACAUGGUCACGUUCUCAGGCAGCACGCAUCCUUUGGAGUAUUCUAUUGUAGUGACUGACUACACAGACCACGCCCUCGUCUUCUCGUGUACGGAGGUCCUUGGGAUGGCCAACGCCCAGUUCGCGUGGAUUCUCACUCGCAACCGAACCAUAAGUAACAAGGUCAUGCGGGCACUGACUGCAAAACUGUCGUGUUAUGGAGUUGAUAUUGACCAGUUGGAGGACAGCGCGCAACUAAACUGCUGA